GUUGGAUUCAAACAAGGAACCGUUGUCAUUCCAAGCCCAAGUUUCCAUCUUGCUUUUGUGUCUGUAGGACAAAGGACUUUCGUGGUUGAGUCACAGGAUAAUUACUUCUCCUACUAAAUCAAACAUGGGUGUCUGCAACUUCAACAGCGUGUUUGGAUUAUUUUCCGAGUACCCACUCACGCGUACCUUCAAGGACCCCCGCAUUCCCAUGACUGUUACCAUUCUUUCAGUGCUGGUGCUGAUGGGUUUGAUAACUUUUAACGUGCUCACUCAAGGUUCAGUCUCCGAGACCGAAUCCAUCUUGCGAGGGCAUUGGUACAUCAAAAACAGCACAUUAUCCUGCCAGCCGGCCACGAUGGUAAUGGGUAACUCGUACUUUACCAACGCGCAACCUAAUCAUCCAGAAGCUGGAGAACAGAGGGGAUCAUUUUCUUGGUCACUUCAGAGUGUGGUGCGAGGGCGUGAAGGCCGAGAUACCGGGGAAACUGGAUUUUAUUACCAAGAAAGUCCACUAAGAUGCAACAUUACUGGCAUCUCUCUGACCUAUGACUUCCAGAUACAAAGCUUCUCCUAUUCGAUGCGGGCGAUGUGUGUAACUCCAAGCGUCGAGAAAAAUACACCGGAUAACUAUGUCAGUCUCGAAACAAGAUUUUCUAUUUUGGAUAAAGCAGUUCCGAGAUUCACUGAAGAAGUACAAAACACCUUGCAAGCACAGAUAUUCGGAAUCUCAAAGUAUUAUCCCGAACUCAACUUCAGCGUGAAUGCAUUGCCGAGUACUGCUUUUCCACCUUACACCAACCCCAACAAUGGUCUAGCCCAGCAAGAGAUAGGAAACCGUGACAUCCUGCAAUGGUCGGUCUGGUUGGAUGGCUUUAACUAUACUCUCCCGGAAAACUAUCAAGAUUUCAAUCACUCGCAUCUCUAUAUGCAACCAGAACCGCAAGGAAAGCUUUACAUUUCUGGCGUAGAGGUAAACCCGAGGAUCUUCGAGCAGGGUACCCUUGACCUACUCAAUGCAGGUAAAUCGGGUCUCCAGAUUGCUGCUGUUGGGAUUGGAGGAAUCCGCCCGAUUCCACCCAACGCAACGUUGACCGAAGUCCAGCUAUUACCCGCCCCGAUGCCGCUCUAUCUCAAUCUAACUGAAUCUAUCCUUGCAAUCAUGAUGGAUAUGGCGGGCAAAGAUCUGGAUAAGCGUGUCUUGGGUGCUGGAUAUCUGUGCACAAUCACGAGGACUCCUUGGAAAAAGGCAAUACCCAUGUUAGCAAUGAUCGUUGGAAGUUGCUCGGGGAUGUUCGGAGCUGCUUUGACAAUAAUUCUAUUUGUUGCGCGCAGAUAUGAUAGUCACUUGAUUUCGAAGCAAGAAAAGAGAGAAACAUUCGACUCAGCCGUAUCGGAUAAUCCCUUGACUGAAUCUGAGCGUGAUGAACUGAUGUUGGAAAGCCAGACAGACGCCAUGAAGAAGAAACAGGAUCAGAUAUUGUGGUAGCUCUUAUGAAGUUCAGGCGACAAAGGCGCAGUGCCAGUACAUACCAAGAAAAAAUUGCAAAUACAUUUAAUUGUGAUCUUUCUUGGUUUUCGGGUCAAUUAGAUUCUUGGGAUUGGUAGAGACUUGAAUAUUAAAUACUUAUUGAAUAGUAAAGAAGGAAUUGAUCAUGAAGAAACAGAUAUACAUGGUAAAGAUUUGAUAUGCGCCUCUUUCCCCGUAAAUGUUUUGAGAUUUUUAUCCAACCCAUGAAUUUUGCUUUCUUGAAUCCGUAGUUGCACUAAGGAAU